AUGAGGCCUGGGGGACCAGGCGAGUGCAGGUCUCCGACCCCUCGGGUGGAGCUGCUCAGUCCCUCCAAGGUGAUGGACCGAUCUCAAAACGUGACGGAGAAGGUGACUCAGGUGCUCUCCUUGGAGUCUGAUGUUCUGCCUGAGUACAAACUUCAGGUUCCAGAGACCACUCGGUGGAUCUUGCUUCACUACAGCCCCUUCAAAGCUUUUUGGGACUGGAUUAUUCUCAUUUUGGUUUUGUACACGGCUGUUUUCACCCCGUACUCUGCUGCGUUCCUCCUGGAUGAGCACGGAGACGUGCGUCAGAGAAGUUGUGGCUACACCUGCAACCCCCUGAAUGUGGCCGACCUGUUGGUGGACGUGUUGUUUAUUGUGGACAUUGUGAUCAACUUCCGCACGACCUACGUGGAUCAUAACGAUGAAGUGGUGACGCAGCCGGUGCGAAUCGCCAAGCACUACAUGAAAGGCUGGUUCCCUAUCGAUCUGUUUGCAGCAAUCCCAUUUGACCUCCUCAUUUUCCGAUCUGGCUCAGAUGAGAUGGCGACAUUGACAAGUCUCCUAAAAACAGCUCGACUGCUGCGUCUGGUGCGCGUGGCCAGAAAGCUGGACAGAUACUCCGAGUACGGAGCCGCAGUGCUCUUCCUGCUCAUGUGCACCUUUGUGCUGAUCGCCCACUGGCUCGCCUGUAUCUGGUACGCCAUUGGCUUCGUGGAGCGGCCCUACACAGAGACGGGAUGGCUGGACAAUCUGGCCGAACAGUUGGGCAAACCGUACAAUGACAGUGACUCCCGCUCGGGCCCCUCAGUCAAAGACAAGUACGUCACGGCGCUGUACUUCACCCUGAGCAGUCUGACCAGCGUGGGCUUCGGGAACGUCUCCCCCAACACCAACUCAGAGAAGAUCUUCUCCGUCUGUGUCAUGGUAAUCGGAUCCCUGAUGUACGCCAGCAUCUUUGGGAACGUGUCGGCCAUCAUCCAGCGCCUGUACUCGGGGACCACACGAUACCACACCCAAAUGCUGCGUGUUAAGGAGUUCAUUCGCUUUCACCAAAUUCCCGGAAGUCUUCGUGAGCGGCUGGAGGAGUAUUUCCAACACGCGUGGUCCUACACCAACGGCAUCGACAUGAACGCUGUGCUGAAAGGUUUCCCUGCGUCUCUUCAGGCCGACAUCUGUCUUCAUCUUAACCGCUCGUUGCUGGAAAACUUUAAGGCGUUCCGUGGCGGGAGUCAGGCGUGUCUGCGAGCGUUGUCCAUGAGGUUCAAGACGGUCCACGCGCCGCCAGGAGACACCCUCAUCCACUACGGAGACAUCCUGGACUCUCUGUUCUUCAUCGCACGAGGAACGAUACAGAUCAUCAGGGACGACAUGGUCACUGCCAUCCUGGAGGGGACACUGGAGCUGGCCAAAAUCAGCAAAGUGUUGAUGGCCAUGGAGCAGGGAAGAGUGACGGAAUUCGAAGGAAAGAGCCUCGACCAGAUACAAAUUGAGCCUGAAGGGAGAGCAAUGCACCCCAUGGUAGUGGCAGUGCCCCUUCUGAACGUGUAA